AUGCCAAUCAACACUCUCACUACCCAGGCCGGGUUGAAAAUAGGCCCAAUCGUCUUCGAGACGUUGGUCAAGCAUUAUUUCGACCGAGUGAAGAAAGAUCUCCGGGACGGGAAGACGACGCAGCUGAGACAGGAGGAGUUAUUGUACGACCAAGCAUUCACGAUUAUCAAGGCGUUCCUCGAAGCAUCAACAUAUCACACAGUCGAAGAAGUUCAAGACUUCUCCAAUACGCGUAUACCAUCCCCGCCAUGGGUGCGAGUGGUUCGGCUUUUGGUGCCCCUGUCAUGCUGCGAGGACGCCGCAAGCUACUUGAUUCAAGUAUUCGGAGGUGAAGCCAUGGCUCGCAGAGUUGUUGGCGGCAUCAAAUGGUGGCAAGUGCGCGGCAGCAACGGCGUGGACGGGCAGUGGAUUGCGGCGAAGAAAGAUUGGCGUGAAGCGAAGCGUAAGCACAAGAUGCAAGAAGCAACGGCGAAGGGCCCUUCUGGUACUCCUGAGGCCUCCCCGAACGCCCAAGACCAAGGUCACUAUGAGGAGGAGAUGGACGAAAUGCGGUGUAUUCUCUAUCUUCACGGAGUAGGUGGAUACUACUUCGGGAGCGUGGACCAAGAACGGUACAGCAUACAGCGAUAUGCAAGGAAGAUAAAUGGAAGAGUGUUUGCCAUCAACUACAGACUAGCACCUCAGUAUCCAUUUCCUUGUGCCCUGCAAGAUGCACUGGCAGCUUACCUCUAUCUUAUUCGACCACCCCCGGACGCGGCGCAUCGCCCUGUAAAACCAAGUCACAUCGUUAUCUCAGGAGACUCAGCAGGCGGCGGUCUUUCCCUUGCACUCCUUCAAGUUAUUCGAGACACAGAUCUACCCAUGCCAGCGGGUGGAGUCCUCAUUUCUCCGUGGUGUGACCUCACCCACUCUUUCCCCAGCAUCCAUAUGAAUACAGCAACGGAUGUUAUACCCACAUACGGCCUGUCUCUACAGAAACCGAGUUCAUUAUGGCCUCCUCCAUCUGAUGAGAUGACGACCCGAGUCCAUGCAUCCCUCCGUUCGCGACUCAAACAAGCGCUUCACCUCAGUGUCGACCAUCCCGUCGCCCCUAAUGUUCCUCGUUCACGAAGGAACUCCAACGCUUCGUCGAUUCUACCUGUCGAUAUCGGAUCAACGACCUGCGUCCCACAAUUCGAUUCUCCGGAUUGUCAGAAAAUCAGCAUUGCCACGGAAAGUGGGGAGACGCUAACUAUCGACCAGCAAGUUCACCUGUAUACGGAGAAUCAUCUGAUCGUGCACCCGCUUGUCAGCCCGGCACUAUCAUAUCUCGGUGGUCUCCCACCGUUGUUGGUCAUUGCGAGUGAGAAAGAGGUCCUCCGAGAUGAGAUAAUUUAUACUGCGCACAAGGCAGCCUACCCGUCUAGAUUCUCAGUAAGGCCUGAAUCGCGGGCUUUGUACCCUCCCUUGAAUGGAAUUGAAGCAAAGUACCCACCCACCCAAGUUCACCUACAGGUAUAUGAUGAUGCUGCUCAUGUCCUUCCCGUGCUCUUUUCGUUCACAACUCCCGGGAAGUUCUGUUUCCGCGCCAUGGCCGCCUUCUGUAAACAUGUCACCGGGAUGUCGCCCACCUUGCCGGAAAGCCCCAUGUCAUCGCCCGCCAUGCCGUCCUUCUUACCUCGCCGUCAAAGCUAUCGGCGCUCGCAGAAAAGGUCGACGACGACCGACUCUAUCACACCCCGUUCGCCUCCUUUGACUGAAACCAUCCAUGAGAAUGGGAAUUCACUAACGCCGGCGGCUGGGGAGAGAACCAAGAACCCGUCUCUGCGGCGUUCUCUCUCAGCUGGCGUCACGAGGAUAUCGUCAGUUAUCCGGCGAAAACCGCGCUCGCGAUCUUCGUCGUUCCACCAAGGCGACUCGCCCUUGCCCACGCAUAGUGAGAUGCCGAGUACGAUUCCCUCAUCUGAUUCCAGCCUUGCUCUGGAGGGUUCGUCAUCUGGGAGCCGCUCAGCUGGGGACAGCAGCGUGUACAAGAACACCAUUAAUUCAACAGUCUGGAAAGACACGAUCAUACGUGAACGUGUGUCGACACAAGGCAUUAUACGCCCGUUGGAGCCAGAAUCCGAACUCGACGCAUUCAAAGUUCCCCAAGACAUCGUUGGUUCCCUCUCUGAACUUGCCAUCCGGCGUUAUCUCGACGGCAAAGCUAAAUUCGAUCAUAAAUUCGCGCAUGCGGCUAAAUCUGUGGAGAAGGAGCGCCACCGCCAGCUCGAACGUGCAAAGAAGGAUCCCAUGUUUAAUAUGAAGAUGUUUCAAAAUGGAACGCUGGCCCGACCACAGAAUAAUGGAGGACCUGCGUCUGACAAGGAUAGGAAGGGAAUCAAGGACGGUCUGUUGGCCACCUCAGGAACAUGGGCAUGGGCAUGGGUCUUUGAUGCACAUGAAAGGCCACCACCCAGCAGCAUCGUUUCUCGGCGCGAUACGCAGGAAGCAAGGCGGCUUGCCAGGUUCGCGGAAGCACCUCUUAGUGGCGACUCCGAGAAAACGAUGAGCGCCAACAACUUAUGGUCCGUUCUGUCGAAUACAUUGACGGCCUCCCGAGAGAAACGCCACCCCACGCCAUCUCCAGAGGUUGCUCGCCACUCGAAGUUCUCUGUGUUUAGCGUUCCAUCGUGGAAGAGGACGAUUCGCGGGAGACCUGAGCACAGUGAACAUGAACAUUGA